GCCGAGACACUCUCGCGAGAAAAGCCGUGCAAGCCGGAAAAAUGGCGCCCCCCAGUCCCCGAGAGUCCAAGGCCCAGUCGGCCACGAGCGCAGCCAACUGGGCAGGAGACGGGGAGAUGGUGCUGCCGGGCUUCCCGGACGCAGAUAGCUUCGUGAAGUUUGCUCUUGGGUCAGUGGUGGCAGUCACCAAGGCAUCUGGGGGCCUACCACAGUUUGGUGAUGAGUAUGAUUUUUACCGAAGUUUUCCUGGCUUCCAGGCAUUUUGUGAAACACAGGGAGACAGGUUGCUUCAGUGCAUGAGUAGGGUAAUGCAAUACCAUGGGUGUCGAAGCAACAUUAAGGACCGGAGUAAAGUGACUGAGUUGGAGGACAAGUUUGAUUUGCUAGUUGAUACCAAUGAUGUUAUUCUGGAAAGAGUGGGUAUCUUACUGGAUGAAGCAGCAGGUGUGAAUAAGAAUCAACAGCCUGUCCUCCCUGCAGGAUUACAGGUCCCCAAAACAAUAGUGUCCAGCUGGAACCGGAAGGCAGGAGAAUAUAGCAAAAAAACAAAAUCUGAAACUUUCCGGCUGCUUCAUGCAAAAAACAUCAUCCGACCUCAGCUUAAAUUCCGAGAAAAGAUUGACAAUUCCAACACGCCAUUCCUUCCCAAAAUCUUCAUCAAGCCCAAUGCUCAGAAACCCCUCCCUCAGGCACUCUCUAAAGAAAGGCGGGAGCGCCCACAGGAUCGCCCUGAGGACUUGGAUGUGCCCCCUGCCCUGGCGGACUUCAUCCAUCAGCAGAGAACCCAGCAGGUGGAGCAGGACAUGUUUGCACAUCCUUAUCAAUACGAACUAGAUCACUUCACUCCACCAGAUUCAGUCCUUCAAAAGCCAGAGCCUCAGGUAAGUGCCCAGCCUUAGUUGACGGACGGUGCCCGACUGAAUGAAAAGCUCUUGAAUUGUCAAGAAUUUGCUGUAGACUUGGAGCAUCACUCUUACAGGAGCUUCCUGGGGCUGACCUGCCUGAUGCAGAUUUCCACCCGCACAGAAGACUUCAUCGUUGACACCCUGGAGCUUCGAAGUGACAUGUACAUUCUCAAUGAGAGCCUCACAGACCCAGCUAUUGUUAAGGUCUUCCAUGGUGCUGAUUCAGACAUAGAAUGGCUGCAGAAGGAUUUCGGGUUAUAUGUGGUGAACAUGUUUGAUACCCAUCAGGCAGCACGCCUUCUCAACCUGGGCAGGCACUCCCUCGAUCACCUGCUGAAGCUCUACUGCAGUGUGGAGUCAAACAAGCAGUAUCAGCUGGCUGAUUGGAGAAUACGACCUCUGCCUGAGGAAAUGCUCAACUACGCCCGGGAUGACACUCAUUACCUGCUUUACAUUUACGAUAAAAUGAGGCUGGAACUGUGGGAGCGAGGCAAUGAGCAGCCCGUCCAGCUGCAGGUGGUGUGGCAGCGGAGCAGGGACAUCUGCCUCAAGAAAUUCAUCAAACCUAUCUUCACGGAUGAAUCUUACCUUGAACUAUACAGGAAGCAAAAGAAGCACCUCAACACGCAGCAGCUGACGGCCUUUCAGCUGCUGUUUGCCUGGAGGGACAAGACAGCUCGCCGGGAGGAUGAAAGUUAUGGAUAUGUCCUGCCAAACCACAUGAUGCUAAAGAUAGCUGAAGAGCUGCCUAAGGAACCUCAGGGCAUCAUAGCUUGCUGUAACCCUGUACCACCCCUUGUACGGCAGCAGAUCAAUGAAAUGCAUCUUUUAAUUCAGCAGGCCCGGGAGAUGCCUCUGCUCAAGUCUGAAGUCGCAGCUGGAGCGAGGAGGAGCGGGCCGCAGCCCACCCCUGAGAGAUUGGAGAACGUUCUCUUUGGCCCUCACGACUGCUCCCACGCCCCGUCAGAUGGCUAUCCUCUCGUCCCAGCCAGCGGACCUGAGCCAGCGCAGAAACAGGACGGCCUCCUCCCCGGCCGAGAAGACGGGGAGGCUCUGCUGGACACCAGAUGCCUCAUCGCCACCGCUGUCAUCACGUUGUUUAACGAACCUAGUGCUGAAGAAAACGGAAGUCCAUUAACCACAGCACAGAAGAAAGCCCGGAACAUAAUGGAGUCCUUUGAAAAUCCAUUUAGGAUGUUUCUGCCUUCACUAGAACACCGGGCUCAUAUUUCUCAGGCCGCAAAGUUUGAUCCGUCAUCAAAAAUCUAUGAAAUCAGCAACCGCUGGAAGCUGGCAAGCCAGGUACAGGUACAAAAAGAGUCUAAAGAACUUGCCAAGAAGAAGGCAGCUGAGCGAACAGCCGCCCGGGACCAGGCCGAGGAGGAGUAUAAAGCAACAGCGGAGCAGGCCGUGUCUGUCCGCCAGCAGGCCGCCCUAGAGAACACUGCCAAGAAGAGAGAGCGGACAACGAGUGAUCCAAGGACGACAGAACAGAAACAGGAGAAGAAACGACUGAAAACUUCCAAGAAGCCAAAAGACCCAGAUCCACCAGAAAAAGAGUUUACCCCUUACGACUACAGCAAGUCGGAUUUCAAGGCUUUUGCUGGAAACAGCAAAUCCAAACCGUCUCCCCAGUUUGACCCAAAUAAGCAGCCCCAGUCCGGCAAGAAAUGCCUUGCAGCCAAAAAAAUUAAACAGUCGAUGGGAAACAAAAGCAUGUCCUUUCCAACGGGAAAGUCAGACAGAGGUUUCAGGCACAGUUGGCCAAAGAGAUAGUGUUGGAAGAGACCCUUGGGACCCCCCAGUGGACUGGAAGCACCACACUGUGGUGCUGGUUUUGUACAGACUCAUUUUUAAACCAUUAAAAAUAAUUCUUACUGGAA